UGCCCACUUACACUUUACACCGCUCAACAUGUGGCUACACUAUAGGCGGAUGGGACCCUGUGCCCCCUCACCAAGCCAGGCAGUUGAAACUCGUCGAGAGUAUCAAAUGUCUUCCCACCUACCUAACUUACCUAUCUUCUUGGUUGAUCGUGGUUGAAUAACCCGAUUCUCAAAAAUCGGAAAUCACUAGCCCACGCCAUCACACCUGGCUCUCUCAUCUCAUGCGCCUGACAUCAUCGAUCGUUACAGCUGCCAAGUGCUAACCUUGUCGGCCGAGAUCCAAGCCAUUGAACUCAAACAACCACCAUUUAAAAAGUAACUUGCCCCAGCUUAUUUCCGAAUCAAGAUGAAGCGCUCACGCGAGCCCGAGGAAGAAGCAGAGCCAAACACUCCCACUAGUGAUCUCGGACCUGCGAGCCGAGAGGGCAGCCAGCCAGCCUCAAAAGUCGUUGGGCUUGACCCAGCCGAGAACAGCUCCCGUUCCGGCGUCGCGAUGAGGUGCUCCCUUCCUCCGCAUACGGAGGUGCUCGUUUUCAGGACAUACGAUGAGUUUGAGACUCAUUAUAACACUUCCCAUACGAACAGAUGUCUCGAGUGCAAAAAGAGUUUCCCUUCACAAUACCUCCUCGACCUACACCACGAGGAGUGUCAUGACGCCUUUUCUGCGGUGAGACGAGAAAAGGGUGAGCACACGUACUCCUGCUUCGUGGAAGGCUGUGAGAGAAAAUGCAGAACGCCACAGAAGCGACGGAUGCACCUGAUCGAUAAGCACAUGUACCCGAAGAAUUAUUUCUUUGCAGUCACCAGAGAUGGGAUAGAGGGACGUCGGUCAAUGUUACUCGAGGGUGGCCACAGGCGUCGGAGGUCCAGCAUCGCGACGAAGGACUCGCGCAGAAGGUCCCUCAUUGGCGCAGAGAUGGCGGAUGAAAGUUCCUCGGCUGAUGGUGAAUCCUCGGUCAGGCCUCAGGGGGCGGGAGACGACGCAAGGGCCCGUCGCGACGUUGAGAUGGACGACCUGACAGGAGCAAUGUCGGCACUACAGUUCAUCCCCACGAGUGUCCGAUUUGGCCGCGGUAGGGGGAAAGUUGGCUUCCAGAAAAGGUAGCGUGGGAUGGAGCGUUUUGAUGACCAUGACUUGAUGAGCAUGAGGGAAAUGCCUUGAAAAUUUGGGGAACUGGAAACCCGGUGGUUAUGAAUACAGAAUUUUGUCGUUUGACGACGGCCCCAAAUACCCUACUCAAUAACAUGCUGGUAUUUUUUCCACGGGGAUAGAGAGUCUUGCUCCAUGGUCCCAUGCAAAAAUGCCCCCAAACGAGAGCGCCAUAACUCCG